AAAAAAAGACAAAGACGAAGGCAAAGAAAAACAUUGUUUUUUAUUGUUCUUUCUGCUCUUCACUUGUUCAUCGUAAUCGUGAUUCGUUCGUUUGAUAUUAGUCCAAGCAAAAUGGGAGUUCCAGAGAGAGACCCACUUUCACAAUUGAGUUUACCUCCUGGGUUUAGAUUUUACCCCACCGAUGAGGAGCUUUUGGUUCAGUACCUUUGCCGCAAGGUUGCUGGGCACCAUUUUUCUCUACCAAUUAUUGCUGAAGUUGACCUGUACAAGUUCGAUCCAUGGGUUCUUCCAGGCAAGGCGGUUUUUGGGGAGAAAGAGUGGUACUUUUUCAGCCCAAGAGAUAGAAAGUACCCAAAUGGAUCACGGCCUAAUAGAGUUGCAGGCUCAGGGUAUUGGAAAGCCACCGGAACUGACAAAAUCAUCACCACCGAAGGUAGAAAAGUUGGCAUAAAAAAAGCACUUGUUUUCUACAUUGGCAAAGCACCCAAAGGCUCCAAAACCAAUUGGAUCAUGCACGAGUAUCGCCUUCUUGACUCUUCUAGAAAAAACAACAUCGGAACCACCAAGUUGGAUGAUUGGGUUCUGUGUCGUAUAUAUAAGAAGAAUUCGAGUUCGCAGAAAACUGAGCUAAGCUUUUGGGGUAAAGAAUGCAGCAAUGGAUCAUCGCCUUCUUCAUCGUCCCACGUAGAGGACAUGCUCGAAUCCUUGCCGGAAAUCGAUGACCGGAGUUUAGCGCUGCCUCGCGUGAACUCGCUCAGAACGCUGCAGCAUGAUGAAAAGCUCGGUUUCCUCAACAUGGGAACCGGGAUUUUUGCGGAUUGGGGCAACCCGACAGAUUUGAACUCGGAGUUUGCGUCGGGUUGUCAAACCCAAGGGAUGGUGAAUUAUGAUUGCAAUGACUUUUUCGUCCCUUCCGUGCCACCGUUUGGCCACGUGGAUUUCACGGUGGGGUCAAUGGAGGAGGAGGUUCAGAGUGGCGUGAGGGCUCAGGGCAAUGGGUGUUUUCAACAGAAUCCGAAUCGGUUAUUAAUGGGCUCCUCCGGGGACCCGUUUGGGUUCGGGUACCCAGGUCAACAUGUAGGGUUCGGGUUAAGAGAGUGAAGGAUAUGAAAGUGUGAUUGUGUAAAUAAUUUAGAUUCUUUGGCCAUUGUAUGGUUUGGGAUAUUGGUGGCAAAAGUGGAAAGGGAAAAUUGCAAUUUUGGUCUUGCUUUUCGGCUAGGCAUGGAGGUGGACACAUUCAUUGAAUCGAUAUGCAUAUUGAGAAUGUGGGCAUUGGUGCUUUGAACCACUCAUUCUGAAAAUUAAUUUUGUUUGCAUGACCUUAUUUGGCUGAAGCUGCCACACUUGGCCUCAUGAAUCACGUUGUACUUGAAAGCAUUACCAAUGCUUUCCAAAUUAAAGUUUGGUUUAGAUAUUUUUAUCACUGAUUUUCCAUAGCGUUUGGGCAACAACCUUAUUAACAUGUAAUGAAAAGUAUAGUAAACAUUUGUUGUAAAGUUGUAUUGCCUCACCAAAUGUGAAAAGUGAAAUCCACAUGUAAAAUGAAUCCCCGUUUAAUAUGUGAAAUUGAUGGACUUCGAUGAUUUGUUUUAACUUUAUU